CAUAGCGACCGAGCUGGUAACGUUCUGUUCAAGGUAUCUGAAUAACGCACCAACAUUCCACAACAGACCUCAGAGGAAUCCUGAUGGAUCCAAGGGGGCGGGCACGCGUGUUACCCUGAACCGGUUGAUAAUGCACCAGAUUCAUCGUUAUAUUGUGUUCAACUCUGAAGAGUUUCACAAUUUGCGGACGAUGCACAAAGACGCGCUUAGGCGAUCAUGCACUAGAGGUCGCAUUACGGAGGCUCUUAUUGAAGCAGAACAUCAUGAGCAGUUCUGCGAAUGGUACCCUGCAUAUGUCGAUGGCCUUGACGAUCAACGUAGGGAGGAAUUGGGCCACAACUUGGUUAUGCGUUGUAGAGGGCUGAAGGAGACAGCGGUCAAGUACAACAGGUACGUGGUAAAUGGGAAAUUGUUUCGCACGCUUGCCCAUGAUGUGGGAAGGAGGACUCAGAACAGCGGCGUAUGUGUUCCUACCGUUGAAGGCGAAACGUACUACGGGCAGUUAACCGAUAUAGUUGAGGUCGAGUACUAUGACAGGACUACGUACGUCCUAUUUAAGUGCAAUUGGGCAGACCCCACGAUGGAAAGAGGAUUCACAAUAGACGAGUAUGGCCUAGUGUUUGUCAACUUCAAUCACCUCGUCCACAGGGGAGAACUGAUUCAGGACGAGCCGUACGUGCUUACAUCUCAGGUGGAUCAAGUAUUCUACGUCGAAGAUGGAAGGAACCCAAAUUGGGUUUGUGCGGUUAGGACCAAACCGCGCAACGUGUACGACGUUGGCCAGGGGGAUGGGAGUAAUGAGGAUGGUACAACCUACCAUGAGUGCGUACCGCUCGUACUAGCCACUGAUGACCUACCUGAUACGAAUGAUGAAUUCGAGUACGACAGGCCCGACAUUGAUCCGAUUGAAGCUCCUGUGAUACAAUGAUUGAU